GCGGCGCCAUGUUAAGAGCCGCCCUCCUCCGCCCCCCGCGCUUUCGGCUGCUCCGGCACCGCGGCCCGCCAGCGCCUGCGAGCCCCCCGCCUGCGCCCGAGGAUUAUAUCCUUUUAAUUCAUCACAUUUUGGGCUUGAACAAAAGUACAGUCAGUAGAACAGCUGAGAUUAUGGCACUGAAACAGAUUUCCAGCAACAAAUGCUUUGAGGGUUUCCAGAAGGUGUUUGAACAUGACAGUAUAGAGUUAAAAUGCAAAAUGAGGUUUGGAAUCUAUUUGCCACCAAAAGCAGAAAUUGGGAAGUGUCCUGUGCUGUACUGGCUCUCAGGAUUAACUUGUACAGAACAGAACUUUAUUACCAAAUCUGGUUUUCAUCAGGCUGCAGCUGAACAUGGCCUCAUUGUAGUUGCACCAGAUACCAGUCCACGUGGCUGCAAUAUUGAAGGAGAAGAUGAGAGCUGGGAUUUCGGCACAGGUGCUGGUUUUUAUGUAGACGCCACUGAGGAACCAUGGAAAACCAACUAUAGAAUGUACUCGUACAUAAAGGAUGAGCUGCCUAAAUUAAUAAAAGCCAAUUUCCCAGCUGACUCAGAAAGGAUGUCUAUUUUUGGGCACUCAAUGGGGGGCCAUGGAGCUCUUAUCCUUGCUUUGAAGAAUCCUGGAAAAUACAAAUCUGUAUCAGCAUUUGCUCCUAUCUGCAACCCAGUCCAGUGUCCCUGGGGGAAGAAAGCUUUUGGUGGAUAUCUGGGAUCAGAUCUAACUAAAUGGGAGGCAUAUGAUGCUACCCAUCUUGUGAAGUCUUAUCCAGAUUCUCAUCUUGACAUCUUAAUUGAUCAAGGCAAAGAUGACCAGUUCCUUUCAGCAGGGCAAUUACUGCCUGACAACUUUAUUGCUGCCUGCACAGAGCGGAAAAUCCCUGUAGUCUUUAGAUUGCAACAGGGCUACGAUCACAGCUACUUCUUCAUUGCGACGUUUGUUAAUGAUCACAUCAGACACCAUGCAAAAUACCUCAAUGCUUGAAUCAUAGGAGUCUUUUGUCCAAUACAAGUCAAUAUG